AGCGGCGGGCUCAUAAUUCUACCCAACGCCUUGGGUAGAAGAGACUUCCCUCUCCCUGCCCUUAAUCCGGCUCCGUUACACGGGUGUAGAAGGGGACGCGGCCGAAGACCCUCGUCGACGGGGACGGUGGCCACUUCUGCUCGGUGGCCUUGCCCAGGGGAUGGUGAGAGGGCCACACGGACAUCCCUGCUCUCGACCUCUGGGAAUUGAUCUGAAGUCCCCGGAAAGGAGAAGGGUCAGUUUGGAAGAUCUCUACGGGAUUCCCAUUGGUGCAGGUGAACUUUCCAGAAGAUGGAGAAGGAUGGAGAAACCAGCAGUGUGCAGGAUAGUGGGGAGGGGAGUAAAUGUACUUCCGGAAGGUCCAGCCCAGGAGAAAGAGAAGCCAACAGACCAGGGCCAAGCUGAGAAAGAAGGUCCCUCAGGUGAGUCCCCGAAGUGAAGGACCACCAAGGUGAAGCCAAGGAUGAUCCAAAGAAGCCGUUGCACAUCCAACACAGCUUCAGCUGCCCAGCAAAAGUGAACAGCUUAGGAGAUAUUCCAGAAGAGAUGUUGGAAGCCUCCAGUGGACAGAGUCAGUCCACAGACUCCAUGACUGCUUCUCCGUCUACCCAAGAACCCGCGUCCGGAGAGACCCCCAAAGAAGAGAAGGAGAAAGAAAAGGAGAAGGAGAAGGAGAAGGAGAAGGAGAAGGAGAAGGAGAAGGAGAAGGAGAAGGAGGAGGGGGCUCCCAAGCAGGUCUCGGAGCCGGCAACGGAAGCCCCCAGCCCCGCCACCCAAGAGAGUGACAGGACUUUGCCUGAAGAGCCCCUCCCUCCUGUUUCCGAUGCUGCGGCAGAAAGCAAAGAGAUCGACGGCACUGCGGAACCGGGGUGCAGCCCCUACCUCACUCCAGAUUUUGGCAAAGAAGACCCCUCCCUGAUCUUGGAUGACACCCCCCCUCCUCCCGCGCCCUUCACCCACCGCAUCGUCACACUGAGGACCGGAGACUUCAAAGAGACGUACAAACUGAACACGAAGGAAAUCCUGGGAGGGGGGAAGUUCGGCGAAGUCCGCAUCUGUACGGUGAAGGAGACGGACCUCAAGCUGGCUGUGAAGAUCAUCAAGAAGCAGGGCCCCAAAGACACGGAAACGGCCGAAGUGGAAAUCGACGUGAUGAACCAGCUCAACCAUCGAAACUUGAUCCAACUCUACGACGCCAUCGAGACGCCCCGAGAGAUCAUGCUCUUCAUGGAAUUCGUGGAAGGGGGCGAGCUGUUCGAACGGAUCAUCGAUGAGGAUUACCAACUGACGGAGGUGGAUUGCAUGGUGUUUGUGCGUCAAAUCUGCGAAGGAAUCCUCUUCAUGCAUCAUAUGAGGGUGCUGCACCUGGACCUCAAGCCCGAGAACAUCCUGUGUGUGACGGCCACUGGCCACAUGGUGAAGAUCAUUGACUUCGGAUUUGCCCGAAGGUUCAACCCCCGAGAAAAACUAAAAGUUAACUUUGGCACCCCGGAAUUCCUGCCCCCAGAGGUGGUCAGCUAUGAGCCCGUCUCCUACAGCAGCGACAUGUGGAGCAUGGGGGUGAUCGCAUACAUGCUGCUGAGUGGUUUCUCUCCUUUCUUGGGGGACAACGACACAGAAACGCUCAACAACGUUCUGUUGGCGGAGUGGUAUUUCGACGAGGAAGCCUUUGAGGGCAUCUCGGACGAAGCCAAGGACUUCGUCUCCAACUUGAUCAUCAAGCAAAAAGGUGGGAGGAUGAGUGCAGCCCAGUGCCUCCAGCACCCCUGGCUCAACAACCUGGCCGACAAAGCGAAGCGAGUCAACCGGCGCCUCAAAUCUCAGGUUCUGCUCCGGAGAUACGUCAUGCGACGUCGCUGGAAGAAAAACUUCAUUGGCGUUUGUGCUGCCAACCGAUUCAAGAAAAUCACCAGCUCCGGAUCCCUGACAGCGCUCGGGGUCUGAACUGGGGAGUGGUGGGGGGUGGGGGUGGGAGGACACGGUACCGAGCAAAAGAAGAACGGGGGAGACCACCAACCCGAAGCUUGGGACCGAAUUGCGUUUGUUGUGCCCUGCCAUUCAGGGAUUGUGUAGCGGGGACUGUUCGGCAGGGGCCCCGGAGCAUGGGACCUUGUGGUGCAGAGAUGCUCCCCUCUCCGUACAAAGCCUGCCCGGUCUCCUGCCUCUGCCUACCUGGGCAGGUGAGCCCCUUCCCCUCUCUCUCUCUCUGCUGACUUGAGCCUCUCCACUCCCAAGCCUGCUUUGAAGGAUGUUCCUGCUGAGAACUCAUUAGGACUCAAUGCUCCGCUGGAGGCUGCUUCUCUUUGCGCACUGCGCCAUCCAUGCACCUUUUGCCAGAGCUCUGGCUGCUUAAAGGACCCUCUUCCCUCACCGCAGGGAGCCGGGUUCCACUUGGGACAUCUAGACGGAUGUUGGGUCAUCCAGGCGGAAGAGGGUCCUGGCAUCCCUGCUUGGCAGGCAUCUCUCCUGUUGGAAGUUACCCCAAAGAAGUUCGUUUUUGAAACCUGGACUCUCGUAUCCCGCAGAUGGCACCUGCACCUUCCUGCCAUGGUUUUGCAUUUGGGCAGAGGGGGGUGGGCAGCGAGGGGUGGGAUGGGACAAAGGACUGUUGGGAUUUUGGCUACCCAACUCAUGCUUGCCUGUUUUUCCCUCCACGGAGAAUUUCUCCUGCUUUUUCCUCCUUUGUAAAAUGGUUUCUUUGCUUAAAUUUGGAGUGGAAAUGUUACUGGUGGACCGAGCUUAGGGAAAUUCAGCCCUGCCUGACCCCUCCCCACCCACAAGCACCUCCUCAACCCUGGACAGAGUCUCUCUUCUGAGCUAGGAGGGUCCCCAAAAGGUUCUUCCUCCUUGAAAGGGCCACCUGGAGCCCCCCCCCCCCAAACCCCUCUCCCUACCUCCUCCAAAGGGUAAAAAGAUGAUGAAAUUCAAGUCAGGUUCUGCAUUUAGGCAAGAAAAAUAAAAUGCACAGGUACUGU